AUGGUGGUGGUGGUGGUGGUGCUACUGCUGCUGGUGCUGCUGGUGCUGCCGCCGGACCCAGUAGCGACUUGCCCAGGUUCCGGUUCUUGUGCUCGUGCUCGUGCUCUCGCUCGUGCUUGUGAUUGUGCUUGUGUGGGAAGAGGUAUCAUCCGGUACACGAGUUUCCAUGUUGCUCUCUUGAAGACAGAUACAGCUGCAAACAAAACAGAAAAUCAAAAUGCUCAUGGGUUCCUUGGUGGCCGUGACAAAAGUGGUCGCCAAAGAAGUGGUCUUAUGCUUACUUACAAUGAUCCUUGUACCAACUCGGCUAUGAUUGUCCUUGCUCGGCCGGGUUUCUGGCAAGGCGGAAUUUUGAGUUUUGCAAGCCUCUGGGCCCCUUCGACACUAGAAAACCUUAUAAUCAGCAUUGGCCUGGUUUCAUCUGCUACUGGUGUCUCGCAAGCAUGUCCCAUGUCCAAUGGGCGUUUGGUCGGGUCCGUUAUCAACGGGGGCUUUUCAUGGUAG